AUGCUCUACGAUUGCUCUACGUGUACUCUGCAGUGCUCUACUCUACUCGCCCUGGAAGGGGCGCAAGCUGAACAUUUUGUUAUCUGCAAACUCGACGGUAGCGGUGAUCAUUCCACCACCGAUUAUCCAUCGAGAGACGUGGAGGACGACGUCAGUUCGGUGAGCAGUUUCAGCUCGACCAGUCGGGCUUCUCCGCUGCCCUACGGGGAGACGCUGCUCCACUUCCCGGGGGACUCGGGCGGCUCCGUCUGACAACGAGAAUUCUGCUAAAUAGAACGAACACGAUGGGCCGUUUAACUUUUAGGAAUUUGAAUAAAGCUUGUAACUUUUGGGAGAAACUAACAGUUACUCCUAAGUAACUACUUUUUUUUGUUGUUUGGGAUCCAAUUGCUUGAAUGGAAGCAAAUCCAAGCGGGUCGAAAAUGAAAUUUCUAAAUUUCUUAACCGUUUGAGUAGAAGACUCGCUACUUUGUGAGUGAGUUUUCGAAAUUUCCCAACUUUAUUUGUAAAUGUUAAACGUAAAACUAAAUUUCUAUCUAGUCGUUAAUGUGGUUAUACUUUUCAUAAUUAAAAAAUGGUAACUCAAAUUCCAAACGUUAGACUGUCCAUCCUGUAGAAAAUUGAAGAAUCUGAGAGGUACUCCACCGCGCGGGCUCGAUUCGCCAGUAUUUUUGUACGAUUUUUAUAAACUAUAAUAGGAUGUACGAUCUGUUUUAAAAAGAACAAAAAAAAUGUAUUUUAAGUUGGAUUUUAUGUUGUUAAACGAAUCGUAGCGACAGUUAUGUGAUGUUAUUUUUUCCUUGAAAUUAUAUGUGAUACAGUUUAUUACCUUUUUUUUUCUAAUUAUAUUUUUCUAUAGGGGUAUAACAAUUAAACGAAUUUGUAUGAACGUUUGUUUUAAUCCAAUCCAAAUAGGAGGAAGAGAAAUGUUGAUGCAAAAAAUAGUAAGGUAGACUGGGGUAAAUGUAAUAUUUUUUACCUAUUAUGUUAUGUUUUUAUUAUUUUUAUAGUUCUUUUGUGUAUUAGACAGGGUUUGUUUCUUAUUUUUUCUUUAUUAUUUUGUAGCUCUGUUAUUUUUUGAAAUAAAUAAAUAAACAGCAUAUCAAAUUUUAGAGGAAACAAAUAUGUAUUUACAAUUGUCCCAUAUGUUUUUCUAUAUAAUUGUAUUGUCUCUU